AGACGGCGAGUUGACCGCCCCGCGGCAUCGCCUGCCGCCGCCGCCGCCGCCGCCGCCGCAUCAUUCGCUCCUCCUCCGCCUCCCCACUCUGUCUCUGGGCUGCCUCGGCGCGGGACCCUGUUUCCUUCGCUUGCGAGAGCUUGCGCUACAAGAGGAAAUGGAGCUCAGCCUCGCCUCCCUCGGCGCCCUCCCGCCCGCUCCGCCGCUCGCAGGAUGGCUCACGCGGCACUCGCUCUCGCCGUGCCUUAAUAAGAUCCAGAACCACAUUUAUUCAAUGCCAAGUCUCUCUUACAAGGUCCCUAGUGUGACAGAAUGUCAUGCUUCUUUAUCAACUAACUACAUCAGGGAAACAUCUCAGGCGGUUGAUUUGGACUGGGAAAACCUUGGCUUUGGCCUUGUCGAGACUGAUUUUAUGUAUGUUGCAAAAUGUGGGCCUGAUGGAAACUUUUCCGAAGGUGAAGUCCUACCGUUUGGACCUAUAGCAGUGAGCCCAUCUGCUGGAGUCUUAAAUUAUGGACAGGGGUUGUUUGAAGGCCUAAAGGCAUAUAGGAAAACUGAUGGGUCCAUCCUGCUAUUUCGUCCGGAAGAGAAUGCUACAAGGAUGAUAACUGGUGCAGACAGGAUGUGCAUGCCUGCUCCAACUGUUGAGCAAUUCGUUGAUGCUGUAAAACAAACUGUUCUGGCAAAUAAAAGAUGGGUGCCUCCUACCGGUAAAGGUUCUUUGUAUAUUAGGCCACUACUUAUGGGAAGCGGGGCUGUUCUUGGUCUUGCACCUGCUCCUGAGUACACCUUUAUAAUUUUUGUGUCCCCUGUUGGCAAUUAUUUCAAGGAAGGUCUGUCUCCUAUUAAUUUGAUUGUUGAAGACAAAUUUCACCGUGCCAGCCCUGGUGGAACUGGAGGCGUGAAAACCAUCGGAAACUAUGCCUCGGUAUUGAAAGCUCAAAAGAUUGCAAAGGGCAAAGGAUAUUCUGAUGUCCUUUAUUUGGACGCCGUUCAUGACAAAUAUCUUGAAGAAGUCUCUUCCUGCAAUAUUUUUGUUGUGAAAGACAAUGUUAUUUCUACUCCUGCAAUUAAAGGAACAAUAUUGCCUGGGAUAACAAGGAAAAGUAUAAUUGAAGUUGCUCAGAGCAAAGGCUUCAAGGUUGAGGAGCGCCUAGUUUCAGUACAUGAGUUGCUUAAUGCUGAUGAAGUUUUCUGCACGGGAACUGCUGUUGUGGUGUCACCUGUGGGGAGCAUUACAUAUCUGGGGAAAAGGGUAGAAUAUGGCAACCAAGGAGUCGGCGUCAUAUCUCAGCAGCUAUACAAGUCGCUUACAAGCCUCCAGAUGGGUCUUGUGGAGGAUUGUAUGGGUUGGACCGUGCAACUGAAUCAGUAGCGGGUCACAGAUAUUGCCUGCACGGAUCUCUAGAUCAUUACAGCUAGAUGGGUGCGAUAAUUUUCCUGUUAGUUUUUGCAGAGCACUCUUGGGAUUGAGUUCCUGUUGUAGAUUACAGACACAGCGCAUAUGUGAUGUAUUUGUUUUCCUUGCUUUCCUUGCGGUCUGAGCACAGAGCAGUAAGAUCAUGUACUGCUUAUUUGUUUUUGUUGAGCUCAAAGUC